GCAGUGUUGUUCUUUUCGAAAAUACAAUAUUCGUAUGGACAGAUUUUUUCCAUUUUCAUUUUAAAUUUUUGGUAUAAUAAGAAUGAAAGUGUUGUUGAAAUGCCAAGCAGGUUAAAGAUGAGUGUUUAAAAACACAAAAACUGUCGUGUAAAUGGAAAUGAAUGAAACCGAACAAGAGAUAUUUGCGACGAAUGAUGAAUCUUUGGAGCAAGACAGAUUAACUACAUUAUCCCGUCAAGGUCAAGCUAGACAAACCAAGAAAAGAAGAAAACAACGAGUUUCUUUUCCUGAGGAUGAUAGACUUGUAUCAGAGUCAGUAGAGCCAGUUGAUCCCUGGUCUAAUGGUAAUUGAGAUCUUGAGAUAAAAUCAUUUGAAAAUGUGAUAUAUUCUCAAGCAAUUGUGCUAAUUUUAAAGGUCGAGAUUAAGGGCAUGUUUAUAUGAACCAGGGUACUGUAUAUGGAAUGUUUAAAACCAUCUUGCAACCUGGCUGUGGAAUUGGACAUCUUAUUUCCCGCUAGUUGCAUCACAUGCCAAGAUGAAACAUUUUUUCUGUGCCAGACAACAGUUGAGGCUUCAGAAAUUUUGUGUCAUUUUUGCAACAAAAAUUUAUGACUAUACACAACAAAAAUAUAAGCUGAUCUGUGAGGAUUUGUGCAUCAACAAGGACUUCCCAUGCUGGUUAGUUAAGCAGAAUAAGCAAUCUACCAUACAAACACUCGAACCAGGAACACUGUGUUUUUGAAAUAAAUUUGUUUAGAGAUCAAAGUAUGCGAAAGUUUUAUCACUUUUAAUUAAUAGCAUUUACCACUAGGCAUUGGUUAGUUGAUUCCUGAAACAUGAAAUUGUCUGGGAGUAAUUAUACCAUGCCACACCAAGCUGUUUACUUCAUUAUUGUAACAAAGUAGCUACAUAGCUAAGUGCUGUGUUGGCAAUGCUUUUUUAUCCAUAAUUUUAAACCAAAGCUUGAUCCCCCGUGGAUACAUCCAUCCCUGGGCUGACUAUGAUUUUCAGGGUUCGUACAAAACUUGAAAGUCCUUGAAUGACCUUGAAUUUGAAAACAAAAGUUCAAGGCCUUGAAUGACCUUGGAUUUGAAAACAAAAGUUCAAGGCCUUGAAUGACCUUGGAUUUGAAAACAAAAAUUCCAGGCCUUGAAUGUGCUUAUAUUUGUAAAGAAGUACUUGAAAGUCCUUAAAUUUUUCUUGCUUUUGUUUUUGGAUAUUUUCUGAAAUUGUUUGACAUUCGAUCGAAACGGACGUUUUGUUGAAUUGCUUUUGCAUUUUCAAAUCUGAUUACUAUCCCAUUUUCUUCAGUAUUAGUCCUUGAAUUUGCUGAUACCUGGCCUUGAAUGUCCUUGAAAAGUUGUUCGAAUUUUUCUUGCCCCUACCAAGGUUUUCCUGGAGUAUGUAGGAUGUCAACAAAGAACAGUUUAUAUAAUGAUCUAUAUAUGUUUUCAUUUAGCGUCAAGUCCAACGUCAACGGAAGUGAUCAAAGCAUACAUGAAUGCAUGUGCAAGACUGCGAGUCAAACCAAUUGAUAAGCUUGUUAGACAAUUAAAGGUUUAUAUCUUUAUAUUUUUUAUUUUAUUAUUUCAUUUUAUUAUUUAUCAUUUUAGUAUAUGCAUUAGGUAAUUGCACGGCCAUAGUUACUAAUAUUUUAAAAUAUUUUUCUAGGAACAUGAUGUAUUUCAAAAUAGAAUUAAUAUUUUAGAUCUGAAAGG